AUGGAAACCCAAGACAAAAAAAUUUGGCCGAAAAAGACUCUACUUGCUCCAGUAUUUUCAACCUUUAUCUGUCUAAUUCUCAUGGUGGUCUCAGUUUUUCACCCUCAGUGAUCCACCCUCAGCCAAAAUGAUGAGUCGUAUCAGUUCAGCCUUUUUAAUUGCCAAAAUUGUAAAGAAAUGUACAAUGGAUGGAGCUGGCAGUGCUUUUCAAAUAUUUGCGACUCGAAAGACAUUAUUGGAGACUGCCAAAUCUACUCAAGCAACAAUAGGUCGGCUUACGCCUAUUUUUCACUAGAAGCUUUUUCCUUUAUCAUUGGGCUGGUGUUGCUGGAAAAGCUCAUCCUACUUAUGAGCGACAAAAGGCAGGGUAAAAACGUAACACUAUAUGUAUUGUCGUUUUUUAUGAUGAUUGGGCAUAUAAUAGCCAUAUCAGCGUGGUAUCAAUUAAACCCAGUAGAGUUUAUUUCAUAUGGCGUUGAAGAAAAUCCUAUAGAAAUCUCGUUUGAGGCCAAAAAUGGCCCUCAAAUCGCUAAAAUUAAUUGCUUGCUGUGUCUUUUAUCAUUCUUAUUAUUAGCGAUUGUUUUACACAGGCAGCCAGACAGAAAAUGGAUAGAAAAUUCUAUCUCUUUAGACGGCCUUGCCAAACGAUACAAAUUCAAUCGUUGGAUGGGCUCAGUUGGCUGGCUCUUUGUUCUCGGGAUGAUUACUAUAUUUUCAGCGCUUAUUGUAAAUCGAUGGGUGUUAAGAAUUUCAGUUGACAGCUAUUGGGAAGGUGGGCUUUCUAACUGUAUAGAUUGUGAAGAAGAGUUCACUGACAUGAAUUGGGGCUGCUUAGCAACGUUUUAUUGCUUAGUUGACUCCACAACAGGGACUUGCCAGAUCUAUAAGCACUUGUAUGAUGCUUAUAAUAGCUAUGCGGUCCUUGAAUGCUUUGCAUUGCUGUGCUCAAUUUUCUUUUUACAAACAUAUUUUCACAUAGCAGCGAAAAAAGACUAUGGAAUUCCUUUUAUGAAUUAUGUAAGCUUUAUAUAGAUUUGGGCUAUUAGUGUUGCAAUGUUUAAUUUUGUUGCUACUAUUAUAUGGUUCACCUUAAGUAAUUCGAAGCUGACUUUUGAUUGCAGAGGUACGGCAAAGGUACAUGAAGAGCCCACGAUGUGUUCAACUUUUGGGCCGUAUGCGAUUUUGUCAUCAAAUGUAUUUUUUAUUGCGAUGGCAGUUAUUUUCUGUAUAGCGUAUAGCAAGAGAAACGACGAUUUCAGGCAAGUUAUAAUCGAUCAAAAUGAUUCGAAUGCUGCUGAUUCUAUUGAAGUGAAAGCUGAGGAUUCUAAGUAA